AUGGCGACUCGUGUUAUGACCACCAGCCCGGCUACCAACCAAAUCUCGGUCUAUGGUCAGCCCUCGCCAACCAACUCCGUCACCAACACUCCCUCCAACAAUUCUCCCACCUCCCCUCGCAUGUCCACUGCGUCUCUGCACCAACUGCCUCUGCAGUCGCGCCAGCUGCGUCCUCUCAAGGGUCCCCUCUAUGUCCCUGCAGCUCUGCGACCUACCGAGCGACCCCAGAAAUCGUCUCCUAUCACCCCACCUCGCAGCGUGCAUGGCUCUCUCGACAGUUUAAACGAGGACUCAGAGCCGAUCACUCGCCGUUCCACCAUGGAGAGCCAGUCCAGCGAAAUUAGCGAGAGCGCCCAGCACGAGUGGAUGAAGAAUGAGCACCUGGGUGAGGUGACCGGUCUUCCGACCCGUACACACUGGAAAGCUGACUCUGCCUCUUCCAACUGUGAUUCUCCUACUUGCCGCUCUUCCUUUGGCAUCUUCCUGCGUCGCCACCACUGUCGUCACUGCGGUCACGUCUUCUGUGCUUCCCACACACCUCACCUCGUUCCUCUUGACCAGGAUGCCCGCUUCCACCCCGAUGGUGUCCCAUCGCGCGCCUGCGACCUGUGCUGGAGCGCCCACCAGCGCUGGGAAGAGAACCGCUCCGACCGUCUGAACAAGAUCCAGCACACCAUGGAUGCUCAGCAGACUGGCAUUUCCGUCCCCGAUUCUAUGGACAUGAAUCGCGAGCCCAACGUGGCCGACGCCGCCGCCUCCGUUCCUCGUGACUGGAACUGGAGCACUUUCUAA